UUGACUUUGUUUACUUUUUCAAAGUUUAUUAAAGUUUAUUAACGUUUACGUAGAAUUUAUCCAUAAAUAAAAUGGCCUCCGCUUCCAGUUCAAGUGCCCGACAUUUGUUUGAUGAGUCGAAGAAGCGACUGUGCGCCCGUGUGGGUGUAAAUGUUAAUAAUUUAGGCUCAGUGGCCAGGCAGGUGGUUAGGGGUUCCAAGACCAACGAGAUUAUGCAUCAAACCCUGAAGAACUUCACCCAGGUGGACGUGGUCUCCGAUUACAGUCACCAGAAUCUGCAGAAGAUGACCCUGAUUCUCCAGCACGUGGGCUACCAGUACGACGUGAUGCAGGACAGCGUCAACCACCUGGAUUACCUCAAGGAGCAGGUCACGGCCAUGGAAAGAUGAUUGGAAGAGCAAAAGCCGAGAAACUAGC